UUCACGAUGCAUGCCUUCAUCACUCUUUGCUUCCUGGUUGUCGUCAUGUGUGCUCUCCAUUUCACUGAGGGAGCAUACAAGAAGCCUCCAUUUAACGGUUCCAUUUUCGGAAAGCGGGGCUACGUUGAAUAUGAUCCAACAGGCAGAGCCUUGUCUGCCCUCUGUGAAAUUGCCUCCGAAACCUGCCAGGCGUGGUAUCAAGCAUUGGAAAAUAAUUAAUUUCGUACAAUUUAUUCCAUUCAAAAUCUCCUAAAUGUAA